UUGCCGCUCGCGGUGCCCCGUCCGCUAAUUAUCAUCUGCGGUGUUUCAUGUGAACUUUGGUUGCUAUUUCGGUUUCUGACAAUGCGAAUCGAGUUUUGUAUAGGCGUGCAGGGAAUAUAGGUCAUUGUAUUAAUUGUGAAUAAGGAUGUGGACGCCCAACUUGCCAGUGACGAUUAUAACUGGAGUUGCAGCCGGAGCUGGCUUUAUUAGCUUAUUCAAAGACUUCUAUGGGGGAAAACCUUACAUCAAAGAGGCGUCUGCGGAAGGUAAGACGAUAAUCGUCACGGGGGCGACGAGCGGCAUCGGGAAGGAAACCACGUGGGAACUCGCUAAACGCGGUGCUAAGGUGUUCAUGGCGUGCCGCGACAUGGCGAAGUGCGAGGAAGUAAGGAGGAGCAUAGUGCUGGAGACGGGCAACAAGUACGUGUACUGCAGGCCGUGCGACCUCGCUGACAACGCGUCUAUCAGGAAGUUUGUGGAAACGUUCAAAUCAGAAGAACCACGUGUUGACGUGCUGGUGAACAACGCAGCGGUGAUGGAGCCCCCACAGGGGGUCACGAGGGACGGCUACGAGACCCAGCUGGGGGUCAACCACAUGGGGCACUUUCUGCUCACCCAGCUGCUCAUGGACACACUUAAGGCAUCAGUCCCCAGCCGGGUGAUAGUGGUGACUUGCGUGGCGCACACUCGCGGCGACAUCAACAAGCAAGACCUGAACUUCUCCAAGAAGUAUGAUGCUGCAGCCGCCUACAACCAGAGCAAGCUGGCGAACGCACUCUUUGCCAGGGAGCUGGGGAGGAGGCUUUUGGAAACCGACAUAGCCGUAAUAGCGGUAGACCCAGGGUUCUCCGACACGGAGCUGUCCCGGCACCUGCCCAUGCGCAAGAGCAUGACCCGCUUCGUGGUGUACCCGCUGUUCUGGCCGGUCAUGAAGAAGCCCAGGGUCGCUGCGCAGACCAUACUCCACGCUGCACUGGAACCGGCGCUGCAGAAGUGCAAGGGGGACUAUUUUGUUGAUAUGAAACCAGCGGAAUUUUCCGAGAAGGCGCAAGAUUACGAGUUGGCGCAGUGGUUCUGGAAGGUGAGCGAGCGAUGGACCAGGUUAUAUGAACAUAAGGCUGAUUUAGAAAAAGCUAUGGCCGCGUGAAAAAUAUAGUAUUUUUUUUUAUUAUGUGUAAAAAGACGUCAAGAAAUUUAUGUUAAGUGCUCGCAUUUAGUGUUGGUAAAGUGUUACGUAGUGCUUAGUGUAUUUAUUUAGAAUAAAUAAUUGAUAAAA